AUGGCUCCCCACACUUGUGUCCCGCAGCUGGUGCUGCUGUUCAGUGGGAAGAGGAAAUCCGGGAAAGACUUCGUGACGGAGGCGCUGCAGAGCAGACUUGGAGCUGACAUCUGCGCUGUCCUCCGGCUGUCUGGGCCGCUCAAGUUGCAAUAUGCUAAGGACCAUGGCCUGGACUUUCAGAGACUCCUGGAUGCCAGUGUUUACAAGGAGACCUAUCGGAAGAACAUGAUCAACUGGGGAGAGGAAAAGCGCCAGGCCGACCCAGGCUUCUUCUGCAGGAAGGCUGUGGAGGGCGUCUCCCAGCCCCUCUGGCUGGUGAGUGACGCACGGCGGAUGUCCGACAUCCAGUGGUUUCAGGAGACUUAUGGGACUGUGGUGCAGACAGUCCGCGUGGUGGCUUCGGAGCAGAGCCGGCAGCAACGCGGCUGGGUGUUUACUCCUGGAGUGGACGAUGCCGAGUCAGAAUGUGGCCUGGACAACUUUGGGAGCUUUGACUGGGUCAUUGAGAACCAUGGAGAUGAGCAGCGCCUGGAAGAACAGCUGGAGAACCUGAUAGCAUUUGUCCACUCCAGACUCUAA